GGGCACUCACGAGGGGGUGCAAGGGGCACUCACGAGGGGGUGCGAGGGGCACUCACGAGGGGGUGCAAAGGGCACUCACGAGGGAGUGCGAGGGGCACUCACGAGGGGGUGCGAGGGGCACUCACGAGGGGGUGCGAGGGGCACUCACGAGGGGGUGCAAGGGCACUCACGAGGGGGUGCGAGGGGCACUCACGAGGGGGUGCAAAGGGGCACUCACGAGGGGUGCGAGGGGCACUCACGAGGGGGGCACUCACGAGGGGGUGUGAGGGGCACUCACGAGGGGGGUGCAAAGGGGCACUCACGAGGGGGUGCAAGGGGCACUCACGAGGGGGUGCGAGGGGCACUCACGAGGGGGUGCAAGGGCACUCACGAGGGAGUGCGAGGGGCACUCACGAGGGGGUGCGAGGGGCACUCACGAGGGGGUGCAAAGGGCACUCAUGAGGGAGUGCAAGGGGCACUCACGAGGGGGUGCGAGGGGCACUCACGAGGGGGUGGGAAGGGCACUCACGAGGGGGUGCGAGGGGCACUCACGAGGGGGUGCAAAGGGGCACUCACGAGGGGUGCAAGGGGCACUCACGAGGGGGUGCGAGGGGCACUCACGAGGGGGUGCGAGGGGCACUCACGAGGGGGUGCCGGUGAAGGGCACUCACGAGAGGGUGCGAGGGCACUCACGAGGGGGUGCGAGGGGCACUCACGAGGGGGUACGAGGGGCACUCACGAGGGAGUGCGAGGGGCACUCACGAGGGGGUGCGAGGGGCACUCACGAGGGGGUGCAAAGGGGCACUCACGAGGACUGUGCGAGGGGCACUCACGAGGGGGUGCGAGGGGCACUCACGAGGGGGUGCAAAGGGGCAUUCACGAGGGGGUGCAAGGGGCACUCACGAGGGGUGUGCGAGGGGCACUCACGAGGGGGUGCAAAGGGCACUCACGAGGGAGUGAAAGGGGCACUCACCGAGGGGGUGCGAGGGGCACUCACGAGGUGGUGCAAAGGGCACUAAUGAGGGAGUGCGAGGGGCACUCCACAAGGGGGUGCGAGGGGCACUCACGAGGGGGUGGAAGGGCAGUCACGAGGGGGUGCGAGGGGCACUCACGAGGGGGUGCAAAGGGGGGCACUCACGAGGGGGUGCAAGGGGCACUCACGAGGGGGUGGGAAGGGCACUCACGAGGGGGGUGCGAGGGGCACUCACGAGGGGGUGCGAGGGGCACUACGAGGGGGGGUACGAGGGGCACUCACGAGGGAGUGCGAGGGGCACUCACGAGGGGGUGCGAGGGGCACUCACGAGGGGGUGGGAAGGGCACUCACGAGGGGGUGCGAGGGGCACUCACGAGGGGGUGCGAGGGCACUCACGAGGGAGUGCAAGGGGCACUCACGAGGGGGUGCGAGGGGCACUCACGAGGGGGUGCAAAGUGGCACUCACGAAGGGGGGGCAAGGGGCACUCACGAGGGGGUGCGAGGGGGCACUCACGAGGGGGGGCAAAGGGCACUCACGAGGGAGUGCGAAGGGCACUCACGAGGGGGUGCGAGGGGCACUCACGAGGGGGUGCAAAGGGCACUAAUGAGGGAGUGCGAGGGGCACUCACAAGGAGGUGCGAGGGCACUCACGAGGGGGUGGGAAGGGCAGUCACGAGGGGGUGCGAGGGGCACUCACGAGGGGGUGCAAAGGGGCAACUCACGAGGGGGGUGCAAGGGGCACUCACGAGGGGGUGGGAAGGGCACUCACAGAGGGGGUGCGAUGGGCACUCACGAGGGGGUGCGAGGGGCACUCACGAGGGGGUGCGAGGGGCACUCACGAGGGGGUACGAGGGGCACUCACGAGGGAGUGCGAAGGGCACUCACGAGGGGGUGCGAGGGGCACUCUCGAGGGGGUGCAAGGGGCACUCACGAGGGGGGUGCGAGGGGCACUCACGAGGGGUGGGAAGGGCACUCACGAGGGGGUGUGAGGGGCACUCACGAGGGGGUGCAAAAGGGGCACUCACGAGGGGGUGCAAGGGGCACUCACGAGCGGGUGCGAGGGGCACUUACGAGGGGGUGCAAAAGGGCACUCACGAGGGAGUGCGAGGGGCACUCACGAGGGGGUGCGAGGGGGCACUCACGAGGGGGUGCAAGGGGCACUCACGAGGGGGUGCGAGGGGCACUCACGAGGGGGGGCACUCACGAGGGGGUGGCAAAGGGGCACUCACGAGGGGGUGCAAGGGGCACUCACGAGGGGGUGGGAAGGGCACUCACGAGGGGGUGCGAGGGGGCACUCACGAGGGGGUGCGAGGGGCACUAACGAGGGGGUACGAGGGGCACUCACGAGGGAGUGCGAGGGGCACUCACGAGGGGGUGCGAGGGGCAACUCACGAGGGGUGGGAAGGGCACUCACGAGGGGGUGCGAGGGGCACUCACGAGGGGGUGCGAGGGGCACUCACGAGGGAGUGCAAGGGGCACUCACGAGGGGGUGCGAGGGGCACUCACGAGGGGGUGCAAAGUGGCACUCACGAAGGGGGGGCAAGGGGCACUCACGAGGGGGUGCGAGGGGCACUCACGAGGGGGGGCAAAGGGCACUCACGAGGGAGUGCGAAGGGCACUCACGAGGGGGUGCGAGGGGCACUCACGAGGGGGUGCAAAGGGCACUCACGAGGGAGUGCGAGGGGCACUCACGAGGGGGUGCGAGGGGCACUCACGAGGGGGUGGGAGGGCACUCACGAGGGGGUGCGAGGGGCACUCACGAGGGGGUGCAAAGGGGCACUCACGAGGGGGUGCAAGGGGCACUCACGAGGGGGUGGGAAGGGCACUCACGAGGGGGUGCGAGGGGCACUCACGAGGGGGUGCGAGGGGCACUCACGAGGGGGUGCGAGGGGCACUCACGAGGGGUGCGAGGGGCACUCACGAGGGGGUGCGAAGGGCACUCACGAGGGGUGCGAGGGGCACUCACGAGGGGGUGCAAGGGGCACUCACGAGGGGGUGCGAGGGGCACUCACGAGGGGGUGCGAAGGGGCACUCACGAGGGGGUGCGAGGGGCACUCACGAGGGGGUGCAAAGGGGCACUCACGAGGGGGUGCAAGGGCACUCACGAGGGGUGCGAGGGGCACUCACGAGGGGGUGCAAAGGGCACUCACGAGGGGUGCGAGGGGCACUCACGAGGGGGUGCGAGGGGCACUCACGAGGGGGGGCACUCACGAGGGGGUGCGAGGGGCACUCCACGAUGGGGGUGCAAAGGAGGCACUCACGAGGGGGUUGCAAGGGGCACUCACGAGGGGGUGCGAGGGGCACUCACGAGGGGGUGCAAAGGGCACUCACGAGGGAGUGAAAGGGGCACUCACGAGGGGGUGCGAGGGGCACUCACGAGGUGGUGCAAAGGGCACUAAUGAGGGAGUGCGAGGGGCACUCACAAGGGGGUGCGAGGGGCACUCACGAGGGGGUGGGAAGGGCAGGUCACGAGGGGGUGCGAGGGGCACUCACGAGGGGGUGCAAAGGGGCACUCACGAGGGGGUGCAAGGGGCACUCACGAGGGGGUGGGAAGGGCACUCACGAGGGGGUGCGAGGGGCACUCACGAGGGGGUGCGAGGGGCACUAACGAGGGGGUACGAGGGGCACUCACGAGGGAGUGCGAGGGCACUCACGAGGGGGUGCGAGGGGCACUCACGAGGGGGUGGGAAGGGCACUCACGAGGGGGUGCGAGGGGCACUCACGAGGGGGUGCGAGGGGCACUCACGAGGGAGUGCAAGGGGCACUCACGAGGGGGUGCGAGGGGCACUCACGAGGGGGUGCAAAGUGGCACUCACGAAGGGGGGGCAAGGGGCACUCACGAGGGGGUGCGAGGGGCACUCACGAGGGGGGGCAAAGGGCACUCACGAGGGAUGCGAGGGGCACUCACAAGGAGGUGCGAGGGGCACCUCACGAGGGGGUGGGAAGGGCAGUCACGAGGGGGUGCGAGGGGCACUCACGAGGGGGUGCAAAGGGGCACUCACGAGGGGGUGCAAGGGGCACUCACGAGGGGGUGGGAAGGGCACUCACGAGGGGGUGCGAUGGGCACUCACGAGGGGGUGCGAGGGGCACUCACGAGGGGGUGCGAGGGGCACUCACGAGGGGGUACGAGGGGCACUCACGAGGGAGUGCGAAGGGCACUCACGAGGGGGUGCGAGGGGCACUCUCGAGGGGUGCAAGGGGCACUCACGAGGGGGUGCGAGGGGCACUCACGAGGGGUGGGAAGGGGCACUCACGAGGGGGUGUGAGGGGCACUCACGAGGGGGUGGCAAAGGGGCACUCACGAGGGGGUGCAAGGGGCACUUACGAGGCGGGUGCGAGGGGCACUCACGAGGGGGUGUAAAGGGCACUCACGAGGGAGUGCGAGGGGCACUCACGACGGGGGUGGCGAAGGGGCACUCACUGAGGGGUGGGAAGGGCACUCACGAGGGGGUGCGAGGGGCACUCACGAGGGGUGCAAAGGGCACUCACGAGGGGGUGCAAGGGGCACUCACGAGGGGGUGCGAGGGGCACUCACGAGAGGGUGCAAAGGGCACUCACGAGGGAGUGCGAGGGGCACUCACGAGGGGGUGCGAGGGGCACUCACGAGGGGGUGCAAAGGGCACUAAUGAGGGAGUGCAAGGGGCACUCACGAGGGGGUGCGAGGGGCACUCACGAGGGGGUGGGAAGGGCACUCACGAGGGGGUGCGAGGGGCACUCACGAGGGGGUGCAAAGGGGCACUCACGAGGGGGUUCAAGGGGCACUCACGAGGGGGUGCGAGGGGCGCUCACGAGGGGGUGCGAGGGGCACUCACGAGGGGGUGGGAAGGGCACUCACGAGAGGGUGCGAGGGGCACUCACGAGGGGGGGCACUCACGAGGGGGUGCAAGGGGCACUCACGAGGGGGUGCGAGGGGCACUCACGAGGGGGUGCAAAGGGGCACUCACGAGGGGGUGGGAAGGGCACUCACAAGGGGGUGCAAAGGGGCACUCACGAGGGGGUGCAAGGGGCACUCACGAGGGGGUGGGAAGGGCACUCACGAGGGGGUGCGAUGGGCACCUCACGAGGGGGUGCGAGGGGCACUCACGAGGGGGUGCGAGGGGCACUCACGAGGGGGUACGAGGGGCACUCACGAGGGAGUGCGAGGGGCACUCACGAGGGGGUGCGAGGGGCACUCACGAGGGGGUGCAAGGGGCACUCAUGAGGGGGUGCGAGGGGCACUCACGAGGGGGGUGGGAAGGGCACUCACGAAGGGGUGUGAGGGGCACUCACGAGGGGGGUGCAAAGGGGCACUCACGAGGGGGUGCAAGGGGCACUCACGAGCGGGUGCGAGGGGCACUCACGAGGGGGUGCCAAGGGCACUCACGAGGGAGUGCGAGAGCACUCACGAGGGGGUGCGAGGGGCACUCACGAGGGGGUGGGAAGGGCACUCACGAGGGGGUGCGAGGGGCCACUCACGAGGGGUGCAAACGGGCACUCACGAGGGGGUACGAGGGGCACUCACGAGGGGGUGGGAAGGGCACUCACGAAGGGGUGCGAGGGGCACUCACGAGGGGGUGCAAAGGGGCACUCACGAGGGGGUGCAAGGGGCACUCACGAGGGGGUGAGAAGGGCACUCACGAGGGGGUGCGAUGGGCACUCACGAGGGGGUGCAAGGGGCACUCACGAGGGGGUGCGAGGGGCACUCACGAGGGGGUACGAGGGGCACUCACGAGGGAGUGCGAGGGGCACUCACGAGGGGGUGCGAGGGGCACUCACGAGGGGGUGGCAAGGGGCACUCACGAGGGGGUGCGAGGGGCACUCACGAGGGGGUGGGAAGGGCACUCACGAGGGGGUGUGAGGGGCACUCACGAGGGGGUGCAAAGGGGGCACUCACGAGGGGGUGCAAGGGGCACUCACGAGCGGGUGCGAGGGGCACUUACGAGGGGGUGCAAAGGGCACUCACGAGGGAGUGCGAGGGGCACUCACGAGGGGGUGCGAGGGGCACUCACGAGGGGGUGCGAGGGGCAGUCACGAGGGGGUGCAAGGGGCACUCACGAGGGGGUGCGAGGAGCACUCACGAGGGGGUGCAAAGGGGCACUCACGAGGGGGUGCGAGGGGCACUCACGAGGGGGUGCAAAGGGCACUAACGAGGGAGUGCGAGGGGCACUCACGAGGGGGGUGCGAGGGGCACUCAAGAGGGGGGGCACUCACGAGGGGGUGCGAGGGGCACUCACGAGGGGGUGCAAAGGGCACUCACGAGGGAGUGCGAGGGGCACUCACGAGGGGGUGCGAGGGGCACUCACGAGGGGGGUGCAAAAGGCACUAAUGAGGGAGUGCAAGGGGCACUCACAAGGGGGUGCGAGGGGGCACUCACGAGGGGGUGGAAGGGCAGUCACGAGGGGGUGCGAGGGGCACUCACGAGGGGGUGCAAAGGGGCACUCACGAGGGGGUGCAAGGGGCACUCACGAGGGGGUGCGAGGGUGCGCUCACGAGAGGGGUGCGAGGGGCACUCACGAGGGGGUGGGAAGGGCACUCACGAGAGGGUGCGAGGGGCACUCACGAGGGGGUGCGAGGGCACUCACGAGGGGGUACGAGGGGCACUCACGAGGGAGUGCGAGGGGCACUCACGAGGGGGUGCGAGGGGCACUCACGAGGGGGUGCAAAGGGGCACUCACGAGGGGGUGCGAGGGGCACUCACGAGGGGGUGCAAAGGGCACUAACGAGGGAGUGCGAGGGGCACUUCACGAGGGGGUGCGAGGGGCACUCACGAGGGGGUGCAAAGGGGCACUCACGAGGGGGUGCAAGGGGCACUCACGAGGGGGGGCACUCACGAGGGGGUGGGAAGGGCAGUCACGAGCGGGGUGCGAGGGGCACUCACGAGGGGGUGCAAAGGGGCACUCACGAGGUGGUGCAAAGGGGCACUCACGAGGGGGGUGCGAGGGGCACUCACGAGGGGGUGCAAAGGGCACUAACGAGGGAGUGCGAGGGGCACUCACGAGGGGGUGCGAGGGGCACUCACGAGGGGGUGCAAAGGGGCACUCACGAGGGGGUGCAAAGGGCACUAACGAGGGAGUGCGAGGGGCACUCACGAGGGGGUGCGAGGGGCACUCACGAGGGGGUGCAAAGGGGCACUCACGAGGGGGUGCGAGGGGCACUCACGAGGGGGUGCAAAGGGCACUAACGAGGGAGUGCGAGGGGCACUCACGAGGGGGUGCGAGGGGCACUCACGAGGGGGUGCAAAGGGGCACUCACGAGGGGGGUGCAAGGGGCACUCACGAGGGGGUGCGAGGGGCACUCACGAGGGGGUGCAAAGGGCACUCACGAGGGAGUGAAAGGGGCACUCACGAGGGGGUGCGAGGGGCACUCACGAGGGGUCACGAGGGGGUGCGAGGGGCACUCACGAGGGGGUGCAAAGGGGCACUCUACGAGGGGGUGCAAGGGGCACUCACGAGGGGGUGGGAAGGGCACUCACGAGGGGGGUGCGAGGGGCACUCACGAGGGGGUGCGAGGGGCACUAACGAGGGGGUACGAGGGGAACUCACGAGGGAGUGCGAGGGGCACUCACGAGGGGGUGCGAGGGGCACUCACGAGGGGGUGGGAAGGGCACUCACGAGGGGGUGCGAGGGGCACUCACGAGGGGGUGCGAGGGGCACUCACGAGGGAGUGCAAGGGGCACUCACGAGGGGGUGCGAGGGGCACUCACGAGGGGGUGCAAAGUGGCACUCACGAAGGGGGGGCAAGGGGCACUCACGAGGGGGUGCGAGGGGCACUCACAAGGGGGGGCAAAGGGCACUCACGAGGGAGUGCGAAGGGCACUCACGAGGGGGUGCGAGGGGCACUCACGAGGGGGUGCAAAGGGCACUAAUGAGGGAUGUGCGAGGGGGCACUCACAAGGAGGUGCGAGGGGCACUCACGAGGGGGGUGGGAAGGGCAGUCACGAGGGGGUGCGAGGGGCACUCACGAGGGGGUGCAAAGGGGCACUCACGAGGGGGUGCAAGGGGCACUCACGAGGGGGUGGGAAGGGCACUCACGAGGGGGUGCGAUGGGCACUCACGAGGGGGUGCGAGGGGCACUCAUGAGGGGUUGCGAGGGGCACUCACGAGGGGGUACGAGGGGGCACUCACGAGGGAGUGCGAAGGGCACUCACGAGGGGGUGCGAGGGGCACUCUCGAGGGGGUGCAAGGGGCACUCACGAGGGGGUGCGAGGGGGCACUCUCGAGGGGUGGAAGGGCACUCACGAGGGGGUGUGAGGGGCCUCACGAGGGGGGUGCAAAGGGGCACUCACGAGGGGGUGCAAGGGGGCACUUACGAGCGGGUGCGAGGGGCACUCACGAGGGGGGGCUCACGAGGGGUGGGAAGGGCACUCACGAGGGGGUGCGAGGGGCACUCACGAGGGGGUGCGAGGGGCACUCACGAGGGGGUGCGAGGGGCACUCACGAGGGGGUGCGAGGGGCACUCACGAGGGGGUGCGAGGGGCACUCACGAGGGGGUGCAAGGGGCACUCACGAGGGGGUGCGAGGGGCACUCACGAGGGGGUGCAAAGGGGCACUCACGAGGGGGUGCAGGGGCACUCACGAGGGGGUGCGAGGGGCACUCACGAGGGGGUGCAAAGGGCACUCUCACGAGGGGGUGCGAGGGGCACUCACGAGGGGGUGCGAGGGGCACUCACGAGGGGGUGGGAAGGGCACUCACGAGGGGGUGCGAGGGGCACUCACGAGGGGGUGCAAAGGGGCACUCACGAGGGGGUGCAAGGGGCACUCACGAGGGGGUGGGAAGGGCACUCACGAGGGGGUGCGAUGGGCACUCACGAGGGGUGCGAGGGGCACUCACGAGGGGGUGCGAGGGGCACUCACGAGGGGGUGCGAGGGGCACUCACGAGGGGUGCGAGGGGCACUCACGAGGGGGUGCGAGGGGCACUCACGAGGGGGUGCAAGGGCACUCACGAGGGGGUGCGAGGGCACUCACGAGGGGGUGGGAAGGGCACUCACGAGGGGUGUGAGGGGCACUCACGAGGGGGUGCAAAGGGGCACUCACGAGGGGGUGCAAGGGGCACUCACGAGGGGUGCGAGGGGCACUCACGAGGGGGUGCAAAGGGCACUCACGAGGGAGUGCGAGGGGCACUCACGAGGGGUGCAAGGGGCACUCACGAGGGGGUGGAAGGGCACUCACGAGGGGGUGCGAGGGGCACUCACGAGGGGGUGCAAGGGGCACUCACGAGGGGGUGCGAGGGGCACUCACGAGGGGGUGCGGGAAGGGCACUCACGAGGGGGUGCGAGGGGCACUCACGAGGGGGUGCAAGGGGCACUCACGAGGGGGUGCGAGGGGCACUCACGAGGGGGUGCAAAGGGCACUCACGAGGGGGUGCGAAGGGCACUCACGAGGGGGUGCGAGGGGCACUCACGAGGGGGUGAAAGGGCACUCACGAGGGGUGCGAGGGGCACUCACGAGGGGGUGCGAAGGGCACUCACGAGGGGUGCGAGGGGCACUCACGAGGGGGUGCAAAGGGGCACUCACGAGGGGGUGCGAAGGGGCACUCACGAGGGGGGCACUCACGAGGGGGUGCGAGGGGCACUCACGAGGGGUGCGGGGCACUCACGAGGGGUGGGAAAGGGGCACUCACGAGGGGGUGCGAGGGGCACUCACGAGGGGUGCGAGGGCACUCACGAGGGGGUGCGAGGGGCACUCACGAGGGGGUGCGAGGGGCACUCACGAGGGGGUGCGAGGGGCACUCACGAGGGGGUGCGAGGGGCACUCACGAGGGGGUGCGAGGGGCACUCACGAGGGGGUGCAAGGGGCACUCACGAGGGGGUGCAAGGGCACUCACGAGGGGGUGCGAGGGGCACUCACGAGGGGGUGGAAGGGCACUCACGAGGGGUGCGAGGGGCACUCACGAGGGGGUGCAAGGGGCACUCACGAGGGGGUGCAAGGGCACUCACGAGGGGGUGCGAGGGGCACUCACGAGGGGGUGCAAAGGGCACUCACGAGGGAGUGCGAGGGGCACUCACGAGGGGGUGCGAGGGGCACUCACGGGGGGGGUGGGAAGGGCACUCACGAGGGGUGCGAGGGGCACUCACGAGGGGGUGCGAGGGGCACUCACGAGGGGGUGCGAAGGGCACUCACGAGGGAGUGCGAGGGGCACUCACGAGGGGGUGCGAGGGGCACUCACGAGGGGGUGCAAGGGGCACUCACGAGGGGGUGCGAGGGGCACUCACGAGGGGGUGCAAAGGGGCACUCACGAGGGGGUGCAAGGGGCACUCACGAGGGGGGCACUCACAAGGGGGUGCGACGGGCACUCACGAGGGGGUGCAAAGGGGCACUCACGAGGGGGUGCAAGGGGCACUCACGAGGGGGUGGGAAGGGCACUCACGAGGGGGUGCGAUGGGCACUCACGAGGGGGUGCGAGGGGCACUCACGAGGGGGUGCGAGGGGCACUCACGAGGGGGGUACGAGGGGCACUCACGAGGGAGUGCGAGGGGCACUCACGAGGGGUGCGAGGGGGCACUCACGAGGGGGUGCAAGGGGCACUCACGAGGGGGUGCGAGGGGCACUCACAAGGGGGUGGGAAGGGCACUCACGAGGGGGUGUGAGGGGCACUCACGAGGGGGUGCAAAGGGGCACUCACGAGGGGGUGCAAGGGGCACUCACGAGCGGGUGCGAGGGGCACUCACGAGGGGGUGCAAAGGGCACUCACUAGGGAGUGCGAGGGGCACUCACGAGGGGGUGCAAGGGGCACUCACGAGGGGGUGGGAAGGGCACUCACGAGGGGGUGCGAGGGGCACUCACGAGGGGGUGCAAACGGGCACUCACGAGGGGGUACGAGGGGCACUCACGAGGGGGUGGGAAGGGCACUCACGAGGGGGUGCGAGGGGCACUCACGAGGGGGGUGCAAGGGGCACUCACGAGCGGGUGCGAGGGGCACUCACGAGGGGGUGCAAAGGGCACUCACGAGGGAGUGCGAGAGGCACUCACGAGGGGGUGCGAGGGGGCACUCACGAGGGGGUGCAAAGGGCACUAAUGAGGGAGUGCGAGGGGCACUCACAAGGGGGUGGGAAGGGGCAGUCACGAGGGGGUGGCGAGGGGCACUCACGAGGGGGUGCAAAGGGGCACUCACGAGGGGGUGCAAGGGGCACUCACGAGGGGGUGGGAAGGGCACUCACGAGGGGGGGCACUCACCGAGGGAGUGCGAGGGGCACUCACGAGGGGGGCGCGAGGGGCACUCACGAGGGGGGUGCAAGGGGCACUCACGAGGGGGUGCGAGGGGCACUCACGAGGGGGUGGGAAGGGCACUCACUGAGGGGGUGUGAGGGGCACUCACGAGGGGGUGCAAAGGGGCACUCACGAGGGGGUGCAAGGGGCACUCACGAGCGGGUGCGAGGGGCACUCACGAGGGGGUGCAAAGGGCACUCACGAGGGAGUGCGAGGGGCACUCACGAGGGGGUGCGAGGGGCACUCACGAGGGGGUGGGAAGGGCACUCACGAGGGGGUGCGAGGGGCACUCACGAGGGGGUGCAAACGGGCACUCACGAGGGGGUACGAGGGGGCACUCACGAGGGGGGUGGGAAGGGCACUCACGAGGGGGUGCGAGGGGCACUCACGAGGUGGUGCAAAGGGGGCACUCACGAGGGGGUGCAAGGGGCACUCACGAGGGGGUGGGAAAGGGCACUCACGAGGGGGUGCGAUGGGCACUCACGAGGGGGUGCGAGGGGCACUCACGAGGGGGUGCGAGGGGCACUCACGAGGGGGUACGAGGGGCACUUCACGGGGAGUGCGAGGGGCACUCACGGGGGGUGCGAGGGGCACUCACGAGGGGGUGCAAGGGGCAACUCACGAGGGGGUGAGAGGGGCACUCACGAGGGGGUGGGAAGGGCACUCACGAGGGGGUGUGAGGGGCACUCACGAGGGGGUGCAAAGGGGCACUCACGAGGGGGUGCAAGGGGCACUCACGAGCGGGUGCGAGGGGCACUCACGAGUGGGGUGCAAAGGGCACUCACGAGGGAGUGCGAGGGGCACUCACGAGGGAGGGGCACUCACGAGGGAGUGCGAGGGGCACUCACGAGGGGGUGCGACGGGCAGUCACGAGGGGGUGGCAAGGGGCACCUCACGAGGGGGUGCGAGGGGCACUCACGAGGGGGUGCAAAGGGGCACUCACGAGGGGGUGCGAGGGGCACUCACGAGGGGGUGCAAAGGGCACUAACGAGGGAGUGCGAGGGGCACUCACGAGGGGGUGCGAGAGGCACUCACGAGGGGGUGGGAAGGGCACUCACGAGGGGGUGUGAGGGGCACUCACGAGGGGGUGCAAGGGGGCACUCACGAGGGGGGUGCAAGGGGCACUCACGAGGGGGUGCGAGGGGCACUCACGAGGGGGUGCAAAGGGCACUCACGAGGGAGUGCGAGGGGCACUCACGAGGGGGUGCGAGGGGCACUCACGAGGGAGUGCAAAGGGCACUAAUGAGGGAGUGCGAGGGGCACUCACAAGGGGGUGCGAGGGGCACUCACGAGGGGGGUGGGAAGGGCAGUCACGAGGGGGUGCGAGGGGCACUCACGAGGGGGUGCAAAGGGGCACUCACGAGGGUGUGCAAGGGGCACUCACGAGGGGGUGGGAGGGGCGCUCACGAGGGGGUGCGAGGGGCACUCACGAGGGGGUGGGAAGGGGCACUCACGAGGGGGUGCGAGGGGCACUCACGAGGGGGUGCGAGGGGCACUCACGAGGGGGUACGAGGGGCACUCACGAGGGAGUGCGAGGGGCACUCACGAGGGGGUGCGAGGGGCACUCACGAGGGGGUGGGAAGGGCACUCACGAGGGGGUGCGAGGGGCACUCACGAGGGGGUACGAGAGGCCUCACGAGGGAGUGCGAGGGGCACUCACGAGGGGGGUGCGAGGGGCACUCACGAGGGGGUGCAAGGGGCACUCACGAGGGGGUGCGAGGGGCACUCACGAGGGGGUGCAAAGGGGCACUCACGAGGGGGUGCAAGGGGCACUCACGAGGGGGUGCGAGGGGCACUCCACGAGAGGGUGCAAAGGGCACUCACGAGGGAGUGCGAGGGGCACUCACGAUGGGGUGCGAGGGGCACUCACGAGGGGGUGGGAAGGGCACUCACGAGGGGGUGCGAGGGCACUCACGAGGGGGUGGGAAGGGCACUCACGAGGGGGUGCGAGGGGCACUCACGAGGGGGUGCGAGGGGCACUCACGAGGGGGUACGAGAGGCACUCACGAGGGAGUGGAGGGGCACUCACGAGGGGGUGCGAGGGGCACUCACGAGGGGGUGCAAGGGGCACUCACGAGGGGGUGCGAGGGGCACUCACGAGGGGGUGCAAAGGGGCACUCACGAGGGGGUGCAAGGGGCACUCACGAGAGGGUGCGAGGGGCACUCACGGAGGGUCGGAGAGGUGCAAAAGGGCGACUCACGACGGAGUUGGCGAGGGGCACUCACGAGGGGGUGCGAGGGACACUCAUGAGGGGGUGGGAAGGGCACUCACGAGGGGGGGCACUCACGAGGGGGUGCAAGGGGCACUCACGAGCGGUGUGCGAGGGGCACUCACGAGGGGGUGCAAAGGGCACUCACGAGGAGUGCGAGGGGGCACUCACGAGGGGGUGCAAGGGCACUCACGAGGGGGUGGGAAGGGCACUCACGAGGGGUGCGAGGGGCACUCACGAGGGGGUGCAAACGGGGCACUCACGAGGGGGUACGAGGGGCACUCACGAGGGGGUGGGAAGGGCACUCACGAGGGGGUGCGAGGGGCACUCACGAGGGGGGUGCAAGGGGCAACUCACGAGCGGGUGCGAGGGGCACUCACGAGGGGGUGCAAAGGGCACUCACGAGGGAGUGCGAGAGGCACUCACGAGGGGGUGCGAGGGGCACUCACGAGGGGGUGCAAAGGGCACUAAUGAGGGAGUGCGAGGGGCACUUACAAGGGGGUGGGAAGGGCAGUCACGAGGGGGUGCGAGGGGCACUCACGAGGGGGUGCAAAGGGGCACUCACGAGGGGGUGCAAGGGGCACUCACGAGGGGGUGGGAAGGGCACUCACAAGCGGCGUGCAAGGGGCACUCACGAGGGGGUGGGAAGGGGCACUCACGAGGGGGUGCAAAGGGGCACUCACGAGGGGGUGCAAGGGGCACUCACGAGGGGGUGGGAAGGGCACUCACGAGGGGGUGCGAUGCGCACAUCACGAGGGGGUGCGAGGGGCACUCACGAGGGGGUGCGAGGGGCACUCACGAGGGGGUACGAGGGGCACUCACGAGGGAGUGCGAGGGGCACUCACGAGGGGGCGCGAGGGGCACUCACGAGGGGGUGCAAGGGGGCACUCACAAGGGGGUGCUAGGGGCACUCACGAGGGGGUGGGAAGGGGCACUCACGAGGGGGUGUGAGGGGCACUCACGAGGGGGGUGCAAAGGGGCACUCACGAGGGGGUGGGAAGGGCACUCACAAGGGGGUGCAAGGGGCACUCACGAGGGGGUGGGAAGGGCACUCACGAGGGGGGUGCAAAGGGGCACUCACGAGGGGGUGCAAGGGGCACUCACGAGGGGGUGGGAAGGGCACUCACAAGGGGGUGCAAGGGGCACUCACGAGGGGGUGGGAAGGGCACUCACGAGGGGGUGCAAAGGGGCACUCACGAGGGGGUGCAAGGGGCACUCACGAGGGGGUGGGAAGGGCACUCACGAGGGGGUGCGAUGGGCACUCACGAGGGGGUGCGAGGGGCACUCACGAGGGGGUGCGAGGGGCACUCACGAGGGGGUACGAGGGGCACUCACGAGGGAGUGCGAGGGGCACUCACGAGGGGGCGCGAGGGGCACUCACGAGGGGGUGCAAGGGGCACUCACGAGGGGGGGCACUCACGAGCGGUGCGAGGGGGCAACUCCACGAGGGGGUGCAAAGGGCACUCACGAGGGAGUGCGAGGGGCACUCACGAGGGGGUGCGAGGGGCACUCACGAGGGGGUGGGAAGGGCACUCACGAGGGGGUGCGAGGGGCACUCAACGAGGGGGGUGCAAACGGGCACUCACGAGGGGGUACGAGGGGCACUCACGAGGGGGUGGGAAGGGCACUCACGAGGGGGUGCGAGGGGCACUCACGAGGGGGUGCAAAGGGGCACUCACGAGGGGGUGCAAGGGGCACUCACGAGGGGGUGGGAAGGGCACUCACGAGGGGGUGCGAUGGCACUCACGAGGGGGUGCGAGGGGCACUCACGAGGGGGGUGCGAGGGGCACUCACGAGGGGGUACGAGGGGCACUCACGAGGGAGUGCGAGGGGCACUCACAGGGGGUGCGAGGGGCACUCACGAGGGGGUGCAAGGGGCACUCACGAGGGGGUGCGAGGGGCACUCACGAGGGGGGUGGGAAGGGCACUCACGAGGGGGUGUGAGGGGCACUCACGAGGGGGUGCAAAGGGGCACUCACGAGGGGGUGCAAGGGGCACUCACGAGCGGGUGCGAGGGGCACUCACGAGGGGGUGCAAAGGGCACUCACGAGGGAGUGCGAGGGGCACUCACGAGGGGGUGCGAGGGGCACUCACGAGGGGGUGGGAAGGGCACUCACGAGGGGGUACGAGGGGCACUCACGAGGGAGUGCGAGGGGCACUCACGAGGGGGUGCGACGGGCAGUCACGAGGGGUGCAAGGGGCACUCACGAGGGGGUGCGAGGGGCACUCACGAGGGGGUGCAAAGGGGCACUCACGAGGGGGUGCGAGGGGCACUCACGAGGGGGUGGCAAAGGGCACUAACGAGGGAGUGCGAGGGGCACUCACGAGGGGGGUGCGAGGGGCACUCACGAGGGGGUGGGAAGGGCACUCACGAGGGGGUGUGAGGGGCACUCACGAGGGGGUGCAAGGGGGCACUCUUGAGGGGGGUGCAAGGGGCACUCACGAGGGGGUGCGAGGGGCACUCACGAGGGGGUGCAAAGGGCACUCACGAGGGAGUGCGAGGGGCACUCACGAGGGGGGGCACUCACGAGGGGGUGGGAAGGGCAGUCACGAGGGGGUGCGAGGGGCACUCACGAGGGGGUGCAAGGGGCACUCACGAGGGGGUGGGAGGGGCGCUCACGAGGGGGUGCGAGGGGCACUCACGAGGGGGUGGGAAGGGCACUCACGAGGGGGUGCGAGGGGCACUCACGAGGGGGUGCGAGGGGCACUCACGAGGGGGUACGAGGGGCACUCACGAGGGAGUGCGAGGGGCACUCACAAGGGGGUGCGAGGGGCACUCACGAGGGGGUGGGAAGGGCACUCACGAGGGGGUGCGAGGGGCACUCACAAGGGGGUGCAAAAGGGGCACUCACGAGGGGGUGCAAGGGGCACUCACGAGGGGGUGCGAGGCGCACUCACGAGGGGGGUGCAAAGGGCACUCACGAGGGAGUGCGAGGGGCACUCACGAGGGGGUGCGAGGGGCACUCACGAGGGGGUGGGAAGGGCACUCACGAGGGGGUGCGAGGGGCACUCACGAGGGGGUGCGAGGGGCACUCACGAGGGGGUACGAGAGGCACUCACGAGGGAGUGCGAGGGGCACUCACGAGGGGGUGCGAGGGGCACUCAUGAGGGGGUGCAAGGGGCACUCACGAGGGGGUGCGAGGGGCACUCACGAGGGGGUGCAAAGGGGGCACUCACGAGGGGGUGCAAGGGACACUCACGAGGGGGUGCGAGGGGCACUCACGAGAGGGUGCAAAGGGCACUCACGAGGGAGUGCGAGGGGCACUCACGAGGGGGUGCGAGGGGCACUCACGAGGGGGUGGGAAGGGCACUUACGAGGGGGUGCGAGGGGCACUCACGAGGGGGUGGGAAGGGCACUCACGAGGGGGUGCGAGGGGGCACUCACGAGGGGGUGCGAGGGGCACUCACGAGGGGGUACGAGAGGCACUCACGAGGGAGUGCGAGGGGCACUCACGAGGGGGUGCGAGGGCACUUACGAGGGGGUGCAAAUGGGCACUCACGAGGGGGUGCAAGGGGCACUCACGAGAGGGUGCGAGGGGCACUCACGAGGGGGUGCAAAGGGGCACUCACGAGGGGGUGCAAGGGGCACUCACGAGGGGGUGUGAGGGGCACUCACGAGAGGGUGCAAAGGUCACUCACGAGGGAGUGCGAGGGGCACUCACGAGGGGGUGCGAGGGGCACUCACGAGGGGGUGGGAAGGGCACUCACGAGGGGGUGCGAGGGGCACUCACGAGGGGGUGCGAGGGGCACUCACGAGGGGGUACAAGAGGCACUCACGAGGGAGUGCGAGGGGCACUCACGAGGGGGUGCGAGGGGCACUCACGAGGGGGUGCAAGGGGGCACUCACGAGUGGGUGGCGAGGGGCACUCACGAGGGGGUGCAAAGGGGCACUCACGAGGGGGUGCAAGGGGCACUCACGAGGGGGUGCGAGGGGCACUCACGAGGGGGUGCGAGGGGCACUCACGAGGGGGUGCGAGGGGCACUCACGAGGGGGUACGAGAGGCACUCACGAGGGAGUGCGAGGGGCACUCACGAGGGGGUGCGAGGGGCACUCACGAGGGGGUGCAAGGGGCACUCACGAGGGGGUGGCGAGGGGCACUCACGAGGGGGUGCAAAGGGGCACUCACGAGGGGGUGCAAGGGACACUCACGAGGGGGGGCACUCACGAGGGGGUGGGAAGGGCACUUACGAGGGGGUGCGAGGGGCACUCACGAGGGGGUGGGAAGGGCACUCACGAGGGGGUGCGAGGGGCACUCACGAGGGGGUGCGAGGGGCACUCACGAGGGGGUACGAGAGGCACUCACGAGGGAGUGCGAGGGGCACUCACGAGGGGGUGCGAGGGGCACUCACGAGGGGGUGCAAGGGGCACUCACGAGGGGGUGCGAGGGGCACUCACGAGGGGGGUGCAAAGGGGCACUCACGAGGGGGUGCAAGGGCACUCACGAGGGGGUGUGAGGGGCACUCACGAGAGGGUGCAAAGGUCACUCACGAGGGAGUGCGAGGGGCACUCACGAGGGGGUGCGAGGGGCACUCACGAGGGGGGUGGGAAGGGCACUCACGAGGGGGUGCGAGGGGCACUCACGAGGGGGUGCGAGGGGCACUCACGAGGGGGUACAAGAGGCACUCACGAGGGAGUGCGAGGGGCACUCACGAGGGGGUGCGAGGGGCACUCACGAGGGGGUGCAAGGGACACUCACGAGGGGGUGCGAGGGGCACUCACGAGGGGGUGCAAAGGGGCACUCACGAGGGGGUGCAAGGGGCACUCACGAGGGGGUGCGAGGGGCACUCACGAGGGGGUGCUAGAGGCACUCACGAGGGGGUGCGAGGGGCACUCACGAGGGGGUACGAGAGGCACUCACGAGGGAGUGCGAGGGGCACUCACGAGGGGGUGCGAGGGGCACUCACGAGGGGGUGCAAGGGGCACUCACGAGGGGGUGCGAGGGGCACUCACGAGGGGGUGCAAAGGGGCACUCACGAGGGGGUGCAAGGGACACUCACGAGGGGGUGCGAGGGGCACUCACGAGAGGGUGCAAAGGGCACUCACGAGGGAGUGCGAGGGGCACUCACGAGGGGGUGCGAGGGGCACUCACGAGGGGGUGGGAAGGGCACUUACGAGGGGGUUCGAGGGGCACUCACGAGGGGGUGGGAAGGGCACUCACGAGGGGGUGCGAGGGGCACUCACGAGGGGGUGCGAGGGGCACUCACGAGGGGGUACGAGAGGCACUCACGAGGGAGUGCGAGGGGCACUCACGAGGGGGUGCGAGGGGCACUCAUGAGGGGGUGCAAGGGGCACUCACGAGGGGGUGCGAGGGGCACUCACGAGGGGGUGCAAAGGGGCACUCACGAGGGGGUGCAAGGGGCACUCACGAGGGGGUGUGAGGGGCACUCACGAGAGGGUGCAAAGGGCACUCACGAGGGGGUGCGAGGGGCACUCACGAGGGGGUACAAGAGGCACUCACGAGGGAGUGCGAGGGGCACUCACGAGGGGGUGCGAGGGGCACUCACGAGGGGGUGCAAGGGGCACUCACGAGGGGGUGCGAGGGGCACUCACGAGGGGGUGCAAAGGGGCACUCACGAGGGGGUGCAAGAGGCACUCACGAGGGGGUGCGAGGGGCACUCACGAGGGGGUGGGAAGGGCACUCACGAGGGGGUGCGAGGGGCACUCACGAGGGGGUGCAAAUGGCACUCACGAGGGAGUGCGAGGGUCACUCAGGAGGGGGUGCGAGGGGCACUCACGAGGGGGUGCGAGGGGCGCUCACGAGGGGGUGUGAGGGGCACUCACGAGGGGGUGGGAAGGGCACUCACGAGGGGGUGCGAGGGGCACUCACGAGGGGGUGCGAGGGGCACUCACGAGGGGGUACGAGGGGCACUCACGAGGGAGUGCGAGGGGCACUCACGAGGGGGUGCGAGGGGCACUCACGAGGGGGUGCGAGGGGCACUCACGAGGGGAUGCGAGGGGCACUUACGAGGGGGUGCAAAGGGGCACUCACGAGGGGGUGCGAGGGGCACUCACGAGGGGGUGCGAGGGGCACUCACGAGGGGGUGGGAAGGGCACUCACGAGGGGGUGUGAGGGGCACUCACGAGGGGGUGCAAAGGGGCACUCACGAGGGGGUGCAAGGGGCACUCACGAGCGGGUGCGAGGGGCACUUUCGAGGGGGUGCAAAGGGCACUCACGAGGGAGUGCGAGGGGCACUCACGAGGGGGUGCGAGGGGCACUCACGAAGGGGUGGGAAGGGCACUCACGAGGGGGUGCGAGGGGCAUUCACGAGGGGGUGCGAGGGGCACUCACGAGGGGGUACGAGGGGCACUCACGAGGGAGUGCGAGGGGCACUCACGAGGGGGUGCGAGGGGCACUCACGAGGGGGUGCAAGGGGCACUCACGAGGGGGUGCGAGGGGCACUCACGAGGGGGUGCAAAGGGGCAUUCACGAGGGGGUGCAAGGGGCACUCACGAGGGGGUGCGAGGGGCACUCACGAGAGGGUGCAAAGGGCACUCACGAGGGAGUGCGAGGGGCACUCACGAGGGGGUGCGAGGGGCACUCACGAGGGGGUGGGAAGGGCACUCACGAGCGGGGUGCGAGGGGCACUCACGAGGGGGUGGGAAGGGCACUCACGAGGGGGUGCGAGGGGCACUCACGAGGGGGUGCGAGGGGCACUCACGAGGGGGUACGAGAGGCACUCACGAGGGAGUGCGAGGGGCACUCACGAGGGGGUGCGAGGGGCACUCACGAGGGGGUGCAAGGGGCACUCACGAGGGGGUGCGAGGGGCACUCACGAGGGGGUGCAAAGGGGCACUCACGAGGGGGGUGCAAGGGGCACUCACGAGGGGGUGCGAGGGGCACUCACGAGAGGGUGCAAAGGGCACUCACGAGGGAGUGCGAGGGGCACUCACGAGGGGGUGCGAGGGGCACUCACGAGGGGGUGGGAAGGGCACUCACGAGGGGGUGCGAGGGGCACUCACGAGGGGGUGCGAGGGGCACUCACGAGGGGGUACAAGAGGCACUCACGAGGGAGUGCGAGGGGCACUCACGAGGGGGUGCGAGGGGGACUCAUGAGGGGGUGCAAGGGGCACUCACGAGGGGGUGCGAGGGGCACUCACGAGGGGGUGCAAAGGGGCACUCACGAGGGGGUGCAAGGGGCACUCACGAGGGGGUGCGAGGGGCACUCCCGAGGGGGUGGGAAGGGCACUCACGAGGGGGUGCGAGGGGCACUCACGAGGGGGUGCAAAUGGCACUCACGAGGGAGUGCGAGGGUCACUCAGGAGGGGGUGCGAGGGGCACUCACGAGGGGGUGGGAAGGGCACUCACGAGGGGGUGCGAGGGGCACUCACGAGGGGGUGCGAGGGGCACUCACGAGAGGGUACGAGAGGCACUCACGAGGGAGUGCGAGGGGCACUCACGAGGGGGUGCGAGGGGCACUCACGAGGGGGUGCAAGGGGCACUCACGAGGGGGUGCGAGGGGCACUUACGAGGGGGUGCAAAGGGGCACUCACGAGGGGGUGCAAGGGGCACUCACGAGGGGGUGCGAGGGGCACUCACGAGAGGGGGCACUCACGAGGGAGUGCGAGGGGCACUCACGAGGGGGUGCGAGGGGCACUCACGAGGGGGUGCGAGGGGCACUCACGAGGGAGUGCGAGGGGCACUCACGAGGGGGUGCGAGGGGCACUCACGAGGGGGUGCGAGGGGCACUCAUGAGGGAGUGCGAGGGGCACUCACGAGGGGGUGCGAGGGGCACUCACGAGGGGGUGCGAGGGGCACUCACGAGGGAGUGCGAGGGGCACUCACGAGGGGGUGCGAGGGGGCACUCACGAGGGGGUGCGAGGGGCACUCACGAGGGGGUGCAAGGGGCACUCACGAGGGGGUGCGAGGGGCACUUACGAGGGGGUGCAAAGGGGCACUCACGAGGGGGUGCAAGGGGCACUCACGAGGGGGUGCGAGGGGCACUCACGAGAGGGUGCAAAGGGCACUCACGAGGGAGGGCACUCACGAGGGAGUGCGAGGGGCACUCACGAGGGGGUGCGAGGGGCACUCACGAGGGGGUGCGAGGGGCACUCACGAGGGGGUGCGAGGGGCACUCACGAGGGUGUGCGAGGGGCACUCACGAGGGGGUGCGAGGGGCACUCACGAGGGGGUGCGAGGGGCACUCACGAGGGGGUGCGAGGGGGCACUCACGAGGGGGUGCGAGGGGCACUCACGAGGGAGUGCGAGGGGCACUCACGAGGGGGUGCGAGGGGCACUCACGAGGGGGUGCGAGGGGCACUCACGAGGGAGUGCGAGGGGCACUCACGUGGGGGUGCGAGGGGCACUCACGAGGGGGUGCGAGGGGCACUCAUGAGGGAGUGCGAGGGGCACUCACGAGGGGGUGCGAGGGGCACUCACGAGGGGGUGCGAGGGGCACUCACGAGGGGGUGCGAGGGGCACCUCAUGAGGGGGUGCGAGGGGCACUCACGAGGGGGUGCGAGGGGCACUCACGAGGGGGUGCGAGGGGCACUCACGAACCCUCCUCCCACUGCUGCACCCGCAGCAGGGGGAUGGAGGAGAAGGGGGGGGUGGUGUAG